AUUUAAAACAUUAAUUUAAUUAAUUUAAAUUAAUUUAAUUUAUUAUUUUAUUAUUAUUUUAGUUAUAUAAUUAUCCCUAUUAUUUUUGGGAUAUUACACUAUUGUUCUGCUUGGCUUGGUUGAUAACUUCUUUUGUUAUAUUAAGAGAUAAAAAUGAUCAUUUUAUCACUUCACUCUUUUUUUGCUUUCCUUUUUUUCUUUUCUUUUUUUGUAUUUUAAAAAAACAAUCAACUAGUAGUUGGCAGUAGCUGGCUCUUUUUUUUUUUUAUAGUAAAGGUAACUAAUGUAAUUUUUAAAAAAUAAAAAGUUGUGAUGUUUAACUUUAAGGGUAUUCAAUUAGUUUCAUGGAUUAUAAAAUAAUAUAAUAAUCGAACCAUUUUAAUAAAUUUUGUAUAUACAAAAUGAAUAUUCUGAAAGUUUAAAUGAAGGUCUAAAAUCAUGUGUUUUGGAUAAUUUUGUUUAUUCAUCUAAAAAUUAAAAUUCUAAUGUCCAAAAUAUAAUAUAAACCAAUACUUCUGAAAGUAAGAAUCGAACCUAAAUUAAAAUUUUAAUUUUAAAAAUUCACACUUACCUAACCCAAAAGCAUUUCAAAGCUGACAGACAAAUCUUGCAAUGUAUUUAUACUUUAUCAAAGCUGACAGACAAAUCUUGCAAGCUAGAGCUAGCGAACGGAGAAAUGGGCAGUUGGGUGGUGGAGAUGCAACCUACACGGUCCAUCUACAAAGUCCCUCCCUUCAUCUCAAAGAUUAACGAGAUAGCCUACAAGCCCCAGCUGGUGUCGUUUGGGCCGUACCACUACGGGGAUCCUCAACUGGCAUGGAUGGAGGCUCACAAGCGACGCGCAUACCUCCGCUUCAUCGAUCGAUCAGGGCGAAACGCGGAAGAGGUCUAUAACAUCAUAGCGGAAAUGGCUCAACAUUUGAAAGACUCGUACGAUUCCCUCGACUCUAAAUGGAAAUAUAACACCAAUGGAUUCGUGCAAUUGAUGAUCUUGGAUGGAUGUUUCAUGCUUGAAUUAAUACAUGUCUACAAGUAUAAAAACUAUUAUUCUAACGAUGAUCCGGUCUUUAGCCGACAUGGGAAGUUCUAUGUCAUGCAGUUUAUCAAGGCCGACAUAUUGAUGUUAGAGAAUCAGUUGCCAAUGUCACUUUUGCUCAAGCUCAAAGAUAUCCUAAACGAUUCUGAGCAUGACAUUGAAGCAUUGAACAAAGACAUACUCUGGCUUCUCAGCUAUAACAUUAGCAACCACCCAAAGAUGGGCGAAUGUUUGCACGUGCUUCACCUCUACCGUAAGAGCCUACUCCAUAUAGACAACGAACAUGAAAAUGCAGCCCCUCGAUUUGCAGAUCGAGGAGAAGAAAAAAACGACGAGGUCAGCCACAACUUCUACUGCAUAGCCACUAAGCUAUACUUGGCCGGCGUCCGCUUCGAGAAAAGCAGAAGUAAUAGUCUCCGGGACAUCACCUUCGACGACGGCAUCUUGAAAAUUCCCAAUUUCAUAGUUGAUCGCUAUUCCAAAUCAAUGUUCUUGAAUCUCAUGGCCUUCGAGUGUUGCUACAUCCUCGCUGGCAAUGAUAUCACUUCAUUCGUCGCGUUCAUGGACCACAUCAUCGACGACGAGCAUGAUAUCAAACUUUUGACCUCGGGUGAGAUAAUAACAAAUUUUAUUGGGACCGACAAAAAGGCAGCUAAUUUGUUCAACACAAUGUCCAAAGAUUUGGUCAUGGAGAUGAACAACAACCUUUGCCAGGUGUACAACAAUCUCAUCUCCUACUGCAAUAAGCCUUGGCCUAAGCAUCGCGCCAAUGUAGUUCUAACUUACUUUAGAGAACCGUUGUCAAUUAUUUCUAUCUGUCUCUUCUAUCUUUCAGUAGUACAAACUAUCUUCACCAUCAUAAAAGGCUAAAUUAUAUGAAACUCUCCUAUAUUUUGGGUCAUGUGCAACUUAUCUUCUGUGCUUUUGAUUGCACCAAAACACCCACUUACACUUUCAAAAUGUUGUAAUCAGCCAUAAU